CCGGCCAUGUACCCCUACUUCGAUUGUUUGAAACAUUAUCUAGCAAUUGGUUUUUGGUUGAAACUACGAUUUAAACUAAAGCGAUUGGAAAAGUAAAGGGUGUGAACACUAGUUGAUAAGGCUUCACCUGGGUGUUGUUCCCCCUAACUAGUUAUAAAUGUGAGUUAUACCGAACGAAAGUGCAUUAUGAAGGUGGUUGCUAACCGUAGGGAAGCGCAACAAGUGAACCGGGUUCACUCUCUUGAUAAAUUGGCUAAGGGGCUACAAGCCAAGCUACCUAGGUGACUCUCUUAACCAAUCGGCCAAGGGAAACAAGUCAUCUUACCUAGGUAACUCUCUUAGCCAAUCGUCUAAGGCUUACCAAGCUUCACCCUCGAAUCAAAGUUCAGACGGCUAAAUCACAACCAACACAAGGUGUUUAAACGUAGUAAGAGGUGUGCCCUAAUUUUACCUAGGUAGGUGACUCAAUUAGGCCAAGGAAACCCAACUUUUGAAAGCCUCUUCAUAAGAAGGGAGUUUUCCUCUACCUGGGUCAAAUUGGCAAACUAGUUGGAAAUGGAAAACACAACACAACAUCCAUGAAAAAACCUCAAUACUUGCAUUAAAACACAACCAUACACAAAUCAUUCAAUUCAUACAAACUUUCACAUGUUUCUAGCUAGGGUUCACAAAACCCAAGUGAAAUAAAGGACUACUUCAUGCUAGGUAGAAGGAAUAGACAAAGGAGAGAAGAGAAAACCAUCUUGGAGAUGAAUGCUUUCUUCCUUUUGUGGGGUAUCAACCUUGAAGGUGGAUAUUCCCAAAACCUUGAGCUUGGAUGAAAUACUAGCCUCCUUCUUCUUCCUUGCUCAUCAUUUUCUCUCUCUAGAAGUCUUGAAGAAGAAGAAGUGAUCUUCGGCAAAGGUGCACCAUUUCACGGCCCAAGGCGAGUGUUCACGGUCCAACGAUCGUGAACCAGUCGAGGUCCAGUGAGGUGUGCAAAAACCUUAUGGAACUAUUGCACUUCACGGUCGGGGCUCAUUCUUCAUGGUCUUGGAGGCCAUGAACUGAUGGCUUUCACCGUGAUCAGCCGUUGCCCUCUCCUUUUGGCCCGUUUUCACUCCUUUGCAUCCAACUUUCAUUCUCGGGGUUGAUUUACCUACUAGGAUCUGAAAAAUAGAAAAACAAAGUACGACCUAGCAUAAAACCAAACCCCAUUGGGUGAAAUCGCCUCAAACAUCUAAGGAAAAGGGGGCAAAAUGUGUGUAUUUUGACUCGAAUCACUCCCUCACACUUAGACACAAGCAAACCAAUUCCAAACAAGGUAAUAUUUCAACCUAACAAAAUAACUUGGGGACGUAUCAAAGGGCUCAAAGUGGGUGAAUAUCAAUGGCUAUUGAACCUCAACACAUGAAUGGUAACAAGCAAUACUGGUAUCCACCACAAACGACAUUUGAAUGCAUUAAGAACGUGCAAACGAAAAGUUCGCACAAUGUGUACAUAUCAAAGAAGUCUCGAGCGGACUACUCACCAACCACAACUAACCAUGCAAAGAACUCAAGUCCAAGGAACAAACGAAUGGGCAACAUAGGUCCUCACCGGGAUAAGAUAUGAACAUGCAAAAUGAGGAUGAAUCACUCACUCUCAACUAGUGGGGUCAGGAACUUUUGGUGCAAAAGAUGUGCACAAUCAUCAAUACUCAACCCUAUCGUUUCUCCACUACGACGACAACCUCUAAAUGCAAGAGUUCAUGGGAUGGUUGUCGUCACUAACUUGUCCGGAGGUCUUAGACACUGGUUCAAAUGAUUGGCAUUUGUCUUGGACAUGGGGAAAAUGCAUUUUGGGUGGUGGCAAACAAAUCAUGAGGUUCUACAUCUUCAACCUAAGACACAAGGUUCUAUGGUUUCGACUUGAACCUUCCCUACAAAAAAUGUCCACUAGCAUCGACCAAAAACCACACUUCCCUUCUUCCAAACCAUUACCAAUCACGAACUACAUUCAAGCACACUUCUUUGGCUUAUCUUGCUAUCCACUAUUCAAUCAAAGCAGUGAAGGAGGUCAAAAAACAAUUUCUUAGAGCAUACACUUUCUUAGGUGUUUCAAUGGCUUGAGUGCCAAGAAACCCUUUCUUAGAGCAUACACUUCAACAUUUUGUGGCAACUCUCUAUCUCUUAUUUACCCCUAUUAUUUCCUCUUUUUUUAUUCCUUUUUCUACUUUCCUUCUUUUUUCGAGAGGGUGGGGGGGGGGGGUACUAGAGAGCUAAAAACAUGCCAUUUUUACAUUUAACGAACAAUGCUCUCUAUUAAGAUCUUUCCUCCAACACUACCUUUUCAUUCCUAGCAAGAACCGUGCAAAACCCACAUAUGUAGAACCUCAAUGGAGCUCAAAAGCGAGAACUCCGAGACACAAGGAUGACUCACAACGGUUUAGACAUGAAGAAAAGAAAAUGAUCGUUCUAUCAAUCACCAUUAAGCUAAAAAAAAAAGCAACAAGCUCUUAAAAUGAGAACGACACAAAGUCAUACGGCUCAAAGGGGUUGACAAGGGGAUAAAAUUUUUCGGGACAGUCAACUUUUGGGCGUGGACUAAUCCUCGUGAGGGAGAGAUGCUUACUUGCAAGAAAGUUUGCAAAAGAUUGGUACAAUGCGCGUCAACGUGAAAAAAGGAGACCAAUAAAUGAAAACUCCUAAAUCGAAAGAAAGAAUAAAGAGCACCCUCUAGAGUUACUAUGCUUAAUGGUUGUUGAGAAGGGGGUGCACACAUUGUAUGUUGAUCCUAAGGUAGUAAGUAUGGUCCUCACCACGGAGUUUGUGCGUGCACCGUAAGAUUAUAGUAACGUUUUCUCAUCAUCGUCUACUCUUCUUUAUGCAGUGAAGAACUAGAGUGCAUCCCGCCUUAAUUUGUUGAUCAAGUUGCAUUAGUUUGAGUAGGUUUUCCUGGGGACAAGCAAACACCUAAGUGUGGGGGAGUUUGAUAACACCUAAAUUGGUGUUAUUUACCCUUCAUGUUUAGGUCUAUUUCGUGCUAAUUCAUGUGCAUAAUCGUUUGAAUAGCGUCAAUUGCAUCCCUAUUUCGUUCCUAUUUGAUUAUGAUGUGAUUUUAGGGUGCGUUAGACAAUACAUGCAAAUCAGGUAUGAAAAAGGACACAAGUGUAGCAAAAAGAGGACAGGAAGGUUCAUGAUCGUGGCCUAGAAGAGGAGAUCACAACCGAGAAAUCAGACGGCAAACUUAAGGAGAAGAUCACGGCCUAAGAGCCCAAGAUCCCACCCGCAAACCUUGAGGUGUCAGGUGCGAACUUCGCGAAGGUAUCAACCGAGGAGAAAUAGAGAGUUUCCCCAAUCUAAUCACGGGUUGCAUUGAGUUUUGACCGUGAAGAAGAUCGUGGUCGAAGCAACAAAGUUUGCGACCCCGAUCUUUGAGCCAGAGCCCGGGAACUUGCUUGUGUCUGCUGAGAUCGAUGAAUAGGGAACCCCUUCUCCCUUAGAAGGUGGCUUUUGGCAGAUUUCUAAUUCUAGAGAAAGAAUAGAGAGAGAAGUUGAAGGAAGGAGAAGAAGACAACGAGAAGAAGUGGAUGAGAACUAGAAGAAGGAUCCACAUCUCUUGAAGUCCCUUUCUUCAUGAUUUAUUCCCCUCUUUGUAUGUCUUUCCUUCUCCCCUACAUGGGGUGAUCUCCCAAGGUACUAGGGGUUUAAAUGCCUAAACCCUAGUUCCAGGGUUGCUAUGUAAUGAAUAGAUAUUUUAGUAUUAUAAUGAAUGAAUGUGUUAAUCUAGUUAAUUUCAUUGAUUCUCUAGCUUUGAUUGUGUUUGGAUAAGUCUCCCUAAUCUUCUCUACUAGCCUACUUGAGCUUCUACACUGGGUAUGGAGUUAUAGGGUUAGACGGGUAUGCGCCAUCAAGCAAAUUGAGGUUAGAUAUAUGAAUAGGAUCCUAUGGUGGACGAGGCGACCGUACCCCUGCCAUAGGAAGGCCUUCCUAGAUAGAACCCGGGAUAAAACCUCGGUGUGGACGGUGGGUAGUACCCAUUGAAAAGAGUUAUGUGCUUAAUGCCCCAGAUGUGAUAGCCUAGAUCGAGGUGUCUAACAUGGGUUUAGGGGAGGCGUAUUCGGAGGCAUGUGGAUAGCCACGAAAGCCCACGGAAAAGAGCUCACUCACCACAUUCGAUAAACCUAUUUAUUUAGA